UCCGUUUGCUUGAGAGUGCCAGGGAAGGCCCUCCCCUGUGACGGCCUGCUCUGGUCUUCUCAGUCGUCGUCUCCCGGGGCUCCUCUCCUGGUCACCUCAGGCUGCCCUAAAUCAUGAGCAUCAAAGAUCGGCGACCACUGGGGACAGAUAAGCCGGGUGUGGCAAGAGAAUGUGACUUUUGGUGCUGUGCCAGAGAAGCAAGCCACUGAGUGUGGGAAACUACAGCCAUGGAAACCCUAAAAUCUGAGAACAAAAAAAGGGUCCUUCCCUCAUGGAUGACAGCCCCUGUGGAAGAGAGGAGGGCGCUGUCAGCGACGAGACCCAAACGGAAGAGGAUGGCGGCUGUGCAACUUGGGGCGGCGACAAGGGCCCCGGCCACCAAGACUGUGUACUGCAUGGAUGAAGCCGAAAUGGUAGAUAUGGCUCUGGAGAUCCUGAUCGAGAAGGCUGUGGAAGUUUCCUCCUGGCUUCCCGAAGGCGCGAGAGCGGCCCUGUGUGAAGUUGCUGAGUUCUUGUUUUCCACAUGCUUUAAAGCAGUGGUGCAUCGUCUCUGCGGGGCUCAUGGCAACCCAGGGCUGCAGGGAUCUGGGAUACUGCUGUCCCCAAGAAACUCAAGCUGUGCUGCCAGCUGGCGUAGUUCGGCCCACAGCAGGGGCCGCAAACAGGAAAAGCCGUCUCUGGUGGCCACUGAUAAGCUGCAGCUCUCCCCUCCCUGCUCGGCGUCUCCCCACACCAGUUCCCCUGGGAGCAGCAGUGAGGAAGAGGGCAGUGGGAACAGCUCGCCUGCUCUAGGCCCCAGCCCUGCCCAGGAGCCAGAUGCCACAGACUCUCCCUGUAGCAGAAGCCCCGAGGAGGAGGAGGAGGAGGAG